AUGACGUACACGCGGCUUUUGUUUGUCCGCUUGCCUGCCUGCCUGCCUGCCUGCUUGCUUGACCAACCAACCUCGUCAUCUGCCCAAUGUGCACCACAGAAACCAACGCUGGUGCUGGAUCUGGAUGAAACGCUGGUGCAUUCCACGAUCGAACCGCCGCCUCCAGGCUCCCCUCCGCCAGGUAAUGGCUGCUGCCUGGCGCGCUUUUGCACUUGGACGGACCUGCCUCACUGCAUUCCUCUUCUCCAAGACCACGUCUUCUCGGUGACGCUGGAAAACACCACCUACAACGUGUUUGUGCGUGUGCGACCCAAUAUGCACCGCUUCUUGGCGGAGGUGGCCAAACUCUUUGAGGAAGCCUACGCCGGCAGGCUGCUUGACAUGCUCGACACAGAACGCCACAUAGGCCACCGCCUCUACCGCGAUGCGUGCGUGCUCGUGGAGGGCAAUUUUGUAAAGGACCUGGACAUGCUGGGCCGCGACCUGCAGCAUACGACUAUCGUGGACAACUCUCCACUUGCGUUCGCGUACCACCUCGACAACGGCAUCCCCAUCGAGUCUUGGUUCGGCGAACGGUCCGACAACCAUCUCUUGGCGCUCAUGCCUUUCUUGCGUGAGCUUGCUCGGGCUGAUGAUGUGCGGCCGCUCAUCCGGAAGAAGUAUGCCGUGGUGCAGAACCGCCACACCACGUUCACCUACUGA